AUGCCAUCGCAGACUGUAUCUACACUGGUGGUGGGGAUGUUCCUCACCGGCUGCGCAAAUAGUCUAUUGACCAAAUGGCAAGACAAGCAAUGCGUCGAGCACUGCGAUACCGCCCGGGUCGACUUUGAGCAGCCAGUAUGGCAGACAUUGAACAUGUUUAUCGGCGAAUUUCUGUGCUGUGUACCGCUCCUAUGGCAGCGGCGCAACAAGCACCAGUACGCGCCCGUCGGCGAGGACGAGGGAGAAGAGGAGGAGACGCUGAGCGGAUGGAGGAUGGGCUGGAUGUGGUUCCCUGCCUUCUUUGACAUCUGCGGCACUACCCUCAUGAACGUCGGCCUGAUCCUCACUCCCGUGUCGGUGUACCAGAUGAGCCGCGGGGCAUUGGUCAUUUGGGUCGGCGGACUUUCGCGGAUAUUUCUCAAGCGUUACCUCUACCUCUACCAGUGGGCGGCGCUCUUCAUUGUCACUCUGGGGGUGUGCCUGGUGGGACUUUCCGGCAGUCUGGCGCAGCACGGGAGCGUUACUUCCCUCAGUGCAAACGAUGACGAAGCGGCCAAGGUGGCCCUCGGCGUUGCCUUGAUCUUGUUUGCGCAGGUAUUCACCGCGACGCAGUACGUGGUCGAGGAGAAGAUCAUGUCGCGAUACCACACCGAGCCAUUGGUCGCCGUCACUCUGGAAGGGUUCUUCGGUCUCAUAACAACCCUUGUUGGCAUGCCGAUCCUCUAUCUCUUCCGCGACCGGUCCGACUACUUUGACAUUCCCCGCGGAUGGCACCAAAUCACCUCGACACCUAGCGUGAUGUGGCUAUCGCUUGCAAUCUGCUUUAGCAUCGGCGCCUUCAACUAUUUCGGAUUGAGCGUCACAACCAGGGUCAGCGCGACGACUCGGAGCACUAUCGACACGUGCAGGACGUUGGGGAUAUGGGUGGUCAGCUUGGGAGUGGGGUGGGAGCAUUUGGUCUGGCCAUUCUCGCUGCUGCAGGUGGCAGGGUUUGCGAUGCUAGUGUAUGGGACGUUUGUGUUUAAUGGGCUAUUGGCGCCGUUCUGUUCUGGGCGGCCUGUCCAGCUUGGAGAGGGGGAGCUGGACCCUGCGGAGAGUCGAGGGUAUGAUGUCGUACCAAGAGACGAUUAG